AUGGGAGUACGGCGGGGCUCGAUGAUCCACGCAGCCUGGUCUUCGUGCCUCGAGGUAGUUGAAGUCAUCUGCACCGCCGCGGGUGGCGCGUGCAUGUUCUACGGUGUGGUCGUGGGCAUCCGUGAUACCCUCGAGUGGGAUUGGCUGGACGAUCGUCAAACUUUGUGGGUCUUUGAAGACGGAGAGUGCACUAAUGUAUGGCAAGAAUGCGUCGAGCGACCCCGAGCAAGCAACGCUGCUUGUGCGUCCCGUCUCCAGUGCAUCGUGGGUUGCUACGAGACCGAUGACGGCGCCAAUUUGUACGCCGUCAAAUGGGACGGCUACGCGUGUCCGACGUGGGAAAGCGAAGAGGACCUCUCCAAUUACGGCUGGUUGAUGGCCGAGCAUGAUGAGACUUGCCGUUGCGCGCCGCGCCUUCAGAGUCGCUGCGAACGGAACGAGUGGAACGGACGAAGUCGCCGAAAAGCGGGCCGAGUCGCGCCACUUGUUGAUUUGCGGCCGACCGAUGUAGUCUCAACGGCAGAGAUCUGGGUCGGAGACAGAGCAAGCCUUCCUCGCUUUAGGCCAUCGAUCCACUUGCAUUGCCAGCCAACCAUAAUGUCCCCAGAGACUUUGCAUUCUUUCGAUGUCACGUUCCGCCAUGCGCCGGUUUCGAAGUCACCAUCGAGGCAAUUUCAACACCACGUCAUCAACAGCAACCGACCUUUGUCUCAUCAAUCUGCGGUGGAGGCUCGCCCGGCUUCACACGCCGCAUUCCGUAACGAGAAACGCCAAACACGGCGUCCCACGGAAACUACCAGAGCAGAAGUCACCCUCGAUACAGGCUCCAUCAUCGACGUGGACGAAAGGGCAGAAUGCGAAGACUCCAGCGAAGCCAGUCAGCCCGGUGUGGAACCUCUUCAGUUUGUCCGACGCGUGGACUUGGACGGCACGGCGGCCGGUCGUUCUUUGAUCAGAAGCAUGUUGGAGAGGUUCUGA